AUGCGCACGCCGCUGUCGCUUCCUUCGGGCCUCGCCGCGUCCGACGACGCCGGAGACCUCGAGGAGCUGCGCGCGGCGGUGGCGGAGGCGCGGAGGGUCGGGCUGGAGCCGGCGGAGUACGCAGCCGCGGAGGACCGGGCGGCGGAGCUGGAGGAGCAGCAGCGUGCCCUGCAGCACGCCAGAGAGGCGCUGGAGGGUACCAGGGGCGCGGGGCUGGGCUCGAGCAUGGAGGAGCUGCGCGAGGCGAAGGACCAGCUGAGCGCCGCGCUGCAGGCCGCCAAGGCGGUGGGCGUGGCGGAGGCGGAUCUGAGGCCGGUGGAGCGGCACAGGCGGAAGCUCCACAACAUGAUCGAGGACCUCAAGGGCUCGAUCCGCGUCUUCUGCCGUGUGAGGCCCCUCAGCCAGAAGGAGCGCUCCAACCACGACGAGCAGAUCGUCUUCCAGGACGACGAUUUGACCUUGACUGUGAGGGAGGCGCUGGACGAACAGCCCAGCGCCGAGGGCGAUCCGCCCACCAGGCCGCAGUUUCAACGGUCGAAGUCUACGAUCUCGACUGCGAUCAGGAACACAAAGUUCAGCUUCGAUGCCGUCUUCAUGCCUGGGACGCAGGAGGAGGUGUUUGACGAUUGUCGGGACCUUGUCCAGUCUGCCCUCGACGGCUACAAUGUCACCAUCUUUGCUUACGGCCAGACGGGGGCUGGCAAGACCUUCACCAUGUACGGGGUGCCUGGCCAGGAGGGCACGACUCCAAGGACAAUAGCCGAGCUCUACAGCCUCCUGGACAGGGACAGGGACCGCUACCAGCACACCGUCAUGGGCUCGAUGAUGGAGCUGUAUCGGGACAGGCUUGUCGACCUGUUGCAGCUCGGUGAGAGCAGCCCCAGGAAGGCAUCCAUCAUGUCCAGGGCGACUUCCUGGGGCGGGGCCAGCGAGGAGAAGAAGCUCAACGUCCACGUGGACAAGCAGGGGGCCGUGCAUGUCGACCACUUGACCGAGGAGGUAUGCACGUCGGCGGAAUCUCUGUUGAAGCUGCUCGAGCGGGGCAACAAGAAGCGCCAUGUUUCGGCUACUGCGAUGAACAGCGAGAGUUCCCGCUCGCACCUGCUCUUCGUCGUCAAGGUAGUCGCUGUGAACAGGGAGACGCAUGAGCAGACGGUCGGCAAGAUGCUGCUAGUGGACCUGGCCGGCUCAGAAAGGCUGAAGAAGUCCGAGGUGAGCGGCGACCAGCAGAAGGAGGCCAUCGAGAUUAACAAAUCCUUGACGGCGCUCGGCAACGUCAUCGAGUCCCUUACCCAGGGGCAGAGCCACGUGCCCUACAAAAACCACAAGCUGACCCAGGUCAUGCAGGACGCCCUCGGCGGCACUUCUAAGACGCUCAUGUUCGUGAAUUGCUCCCCAGCCAGCUCGAACCUGGACGAGACGCUCAUGUCCUUGAAGUACGCCACGCGGGCCAAGCUGAUCGUGAACGACCCUCUGAAGACCAAGCAGACGAUCCGGAGGUCAGGAACCAGCAGGAUUGCGCCGGCGACCCCGACCAGCCGGCCCUGGCCGCCUGAGGCCGAGGCGCCGAGGAAGGCCGCUCCGUCGGCCCCUCCUCUGCGCGUGUCGACGCCGUGCGAAUCUACCGUACCUCUCCGUCAGGGGGCACGAGACCUCUGCACCGUCUGCCCCACCCGUCCCUCCACCCAUCCGUCCCCGCCGCCGAGCCCACUGCCCCCCCCCC